AUGCCGCAUAAGCCCCAUGAGGUCUUGAGCCUAAAUGUUCCUUGGCUCUCAGCCACCGGUGUAACAGCCGUUUCGGUACCUGGCGGCAGUUUCAUAGGAGGCGUUGCCAUAAAUCGCUGGGUGGAGAUCGAGGAGCUCAGUGCACCUUGUGACUUUGAUACCGUGGUGAUGACUGGUACGGUCAUCCAAUUGAGGUCUUUUGGGGCUAGUGUGGCGUGA